GGGAUGGAAGAAUGUCAUAUGUUUUUUUCUUCUUCAGACUAGUACAUGUGGGAUACUCAAUCCAUAAAGCUCGUCUGAACUCUUUUUAGGUUGUGUAUUACCGUCACUGAUAUCUGACCAAGGGGCGUAUUCACUGCUCUUUUUUUUCUUUCGAUUUUUAUCACUACUACUGCAUUCUAAAUGUGAUUCCAUCAUUUUUUGAGCCAUAUCCAACUGUAUCUUCAAUGAAAUUUUCCAUUCAAAACCUUCAACUCGCAUCGCUCAGCCAGUACAGCUGUACUUCUUGGGCAGUCACAUAAUCUCUCAUAAUCUCGGUUCCCGUUAUGUACGAUGAAACCAAAUUCAUUACCAGCAUACUAAUUCUGGUUGCUCUCGUCUGCAUGAUCAUCACCAUCGUGUUUCUCUGGGUCUAUAUAUAUUCUCGUCAAAUUCCAUCACUCUCGUCUUUCUCAUCUUAUCAUUCACAUCAGAUUCUUCUCCACCCACCUCCACGCCCAAAUUUCCACGCGUACUCUCUCGAAUCCUCAGCAUACUCAUAUCAUGAAGUUCCUCCCUGAGUUCGCACUGGCGCUGGCCAUAGCUGCUGGCGUGAUGGCCGGUGUUUUAGAUGCCAGCGCAAGCGGUGCUGGAACUUCGAUUUCAACUUCGACUUCGAGCGCAACUUCUUCAAGUGCUAGUACGGCAACUGUUACAACCACCACGACAGCUAAUCCUUACGGUGCGUACGGAGAAUAUGGUAACUAUGGAGCGUAUGGAAGUUAUGAAAGUUAUAAGAAGAGAGCGAUGAAGUAGUACUACGGAGAUCGAAGGUGAUUUAUUGUCUGAGGGGACUUUGAAUUGAGACUAACUGGUGUAGGAUGGUCCUGAGUCUGAUGUUGAUGUGUUUGGCGAGGGGUCUUUUCUGUUCGGAAGUGCACUUUCACUUGGGGGCGGGGGUUUCGUUGGGUGGCUUGGAGGUUUCAAUUUAGUUCAGAAGUGCGAUCUUCUUUGGUGUAAUUCAUUUUCCGCACGAUCACGACAUGGUAAAGAAUUCAAAGGAUUUGUGGACAUUCUUCAUUGCAGAGUCUUAUUAGGCAAUGGAGCUGAAGUAAUAUUUUUUCAAUACAAGCCCGAAAUAUUUCCCAUUCAGGGCUA